AUGGAAUCAUUCGUGUACAGCGCAACCCCAGGACGGGUCAUAUUUGGCUCGGGGACACUUCAAAAACUGCCAGAGGAGACUGAAAGACUCAAUAUCUCUGCGCCGCUCCUCCUCUCCACGCCGCGGCAGGUUCACCUAGCGGAACGUGUAAAAGAAGUCCUCAAUGGCAAGGUCGCCGGCAUCUUUACCGAAGCUACAAUGCAUACGCCCACGAACGUGACUGAAAAAGCGCUGCAAUAUGCGCAAGAUACAAAAGCAGAUGCGGUCAUCUCAAUCGGUGGCGGAAGUACUGUUGGCUUGGGGAAAGCAAUCAGCAUUCGAACUGGCUUGUCGCAUAUCUGUGUCCCGACUACCUAUGCUGGGAGCGAAAUGACACCGAUUCUGGGAGAGACAGCUGAUAAAGUAAAGAAGACGAGGAGUGAUCCGAAGAUUCUUCCAGGAACUGUCAUCUACGAUGUUGAUCUGACUAUGACACUACCUGUAGCAACGAGUGCAACCAGUGGAGUGAAUGCCAUUGCUCAUGCCGUGGAGGCGCUUUAUGCACGCAAUAGCAAUCCUAUAACAAACCUUCUCGCUAUUGAAGGCACCAAAGCAUUAGCAAGUUCUCUCCCGGAGAUAGUCGAAAACCCAUCCUCAUCCUCAGCACGCUCCCAGGCACUCUACGGAGCUUGGCUGUGCGGUACAUGUCUUGGAAGUGUGGGAAUGUCCAUACACCAUAAACUCUGCCAUACCCUCGGAGGCAGUUUCAAUCUCCCGCAUGCAGACACGCAUACUGCCGUCCUCCCUCACGCCAUAUCGUAUAAUGCUCCUCGAAUCCCAGAGGCAAUGAAGAAACUAGCUGAAGCACUCCCAGAGAGUAAUGGAGAUGCCAUCCACGGCUUGAAUGUGCUUUUACUUAAGCUCAAGGUCAAGAGAGGUCUUAAGGACUUUGGCAUGAAGGAGGAAGAUAUCGACAAAGCCGCUGAUAUCGCCGUUAGUAACCCUUACUGGAACCCCCGCGAGAUAGAAAGAGCUCCGAUACGCGAGCUGAUUCGCAGAGUAUGGGCUGGAGAGCCGGCGAGAGCCGAUCUUUGA